GCUAGCGGAUUGUUAGUAGUUGAGUGUGUGCACGUUUUAUCGUCGUCGCGUAAUGUGCCUAGUAUAUGCGCGUAGUCGUGACGUCAACGUGUUCCAGCACAGCUUUUGUUUUCACGCUGUCGUUCUCGCAGUAUUAUGAAAUCGCCCAAGACCCGUACUUGGAAAACAUUUGAAUGGAAUAAAAUCAAAAUCAAAAAGUCAGCUCAUGGGGCAUUUGUUAAGGACUAAGGUCUACUCAUCGAAGGUGUUUCUCGAUACGUUCACGUGAUGAAAAUGAAGAAAAACCUCGAAAAUGUAGCUUCAAGUUAAUGACAAGAAAGAAAAAAAUAACCCAAAAAAGUUCUAGAAUCAGUAUUGGAGAAUGCAGUGCAGCUAUGGGUAAAACGUGGGAAAAAGAAUCGUUCAAAGAUAGAAAAAAUAGAGGUUCUAAACGAGAACGGUGGCUAUUAACUCGAAAAACAUGGAGAUAUAUGGCAGAUGCAGGAAGAAAAUUGAUACCUGACGGCGUGGGAAAUCGACCCGAAGAUGUACCAAAAAUUGAGGCGUACUUUCAGGAAGUAUGUCAGAAGGAACCUAGAUUUCUUUUAUGGAGAAAACAAUCAUAUCCUGGAGCCUUAGGAUUCCGAAGUCGAUGUAGGCCUAGAGGAAAUAGAAUUAAAUUAGGUAGUGUCCGAGAAAACACUAGUAGCGCUGAUGAAGCGGAAAAUAUAGUAAAAGUACCAAGUGUAUCAUUUUUGGCUCAUCCUAGGCCAGCAGGAAGAUAUGAAUUAGAACAACUAAGAAAAGAAUUUUUAUUUGGUUCAAGUGAAAAUAAUACAUUGUUAUCGAAUUAUCAAUGUCCUGAUUCUAAAUCAGACUUAGUUCAAUUUAUUAAUGAUUGCAUUGGAAAUUCCGAAGAAAUAUCAGCAAACGAAGAGUCCUCUUUAGACCAUGAACAACUUUUGGAGAAAUUAGAAGACUAUAUAUCAAAAACAAAAGAUAUACGUUCUUUAGAAAAUAAAAAAUCAUUAAGAACAAAUAUAUUAGAAAGCGAUAACACUCAAAUUAAUUUAUUAGAUACCUUAAGGAGGUAUUAUGCAAGAUCAACAAAUAGAGAAAAAGUUAUAGGAGAUAUAUUAAUGGAUAGAAAACUUUUAGAGAACUUAUAUUUUGAACUAAGAAAAACAAGAGGAUUUUUAGGCCGAAGAGUUAUUGGCUCAUCAUCAAAUUUAGGACUCACUACUAUGAACUCAUUGAGUUCUACGUGGAAAGAUACUCAGAGAAACUUUGAUCGAAUAAAUUCGUCAUCAGAUUACUUGAAUAUAUUUAAUGAUAAAAAAAAAAUUGUAUUUUCGCCGAAUGAUAAAAAUUAUAAUUUACCAUCUCCGCCACCAGUUAUCGAAAUUGAAGAUAUGGAAACUAAGUACUUUGAUUUCGGUAUUCAAACUUUGCCUUUAGAACCAGUAAUAUUGGGAUUAAUUGAAGAUGAAAACCGAAGAAAAAUUGAUUCGUCUGAAACAUUUGAUAAUUUAUCUAAAGCUUCUUCUAAAUGUUUGCAACGAAAAACUAGCAUGGAAAAUGAUGAUAUAUCGCCUUCUGUAAGUGACACUAUAAAACGGUACUUAAGAAUGGCUAGAAAAAAAAGCGUUGAAACAGAUAAAGUAGAUAGAUUUAAAAGAGUGAACUAUGACCGCAAUAUAAGAAAUAUUAAAGGCAAAGGAGAGCCAGAUAUAUGUGAAGGUGAUGACACCAAUAAAUCAACACAAACAGACGAUUCGUGGCUGUCGGUUUUGAAAACCAUAGAUGACAAUUCUAACUCAAGAAUAACAAGUUCUAGAAGUAGUAUUGAUACUGGAACGACAUUUAGUGGAGAAGAGCUACUAUCACCUCCUUUAUCUCCUCCAAAAUCUUUGAAUGCCCCCGGAAUGCAGAAGUCAAGAUCUUCAACUAAUGUUCAGCAAGGGUUCAUGUCCAAACGUAUAUGGAAAGGACGUUCAAAAAGUCAAACUAGAACGAAUACAGUUGCGUCUCUUUGGACACCACUGGGUAAUUGUUUAUGGUUACAUGCAAGCGGAAAAUCAGUUCUUCUAAAGGAAUUGUGCUUGUUGGACCUAACAGAGCUUGAAAAAGAAAUUCUGUCGUUCGUUUCCUUAAAUAAACUUCAGGAAAUAAGCCUUGGCGUUCCAAUAAGAAUACCAACAGGGAACGUGUUAUCGGCUAGUCCAAAAAAGCGCAGACCAUAUAUUUUGAAACGAAGAGCAAAUACCACUGGUAAUUUGAAAGAUAAGGACGAUAACGAAAGUCUUUAUCCACGUACAAUAUUUGGUGUAUCGUUAAACGAUUGCUUAGAGCAAGAACGAUCAUCAAGAUCUCACUUAAAGGUUCCAACUGACGCUCAAUAUGUGUCAAAAUCUACACGCGGGCGAAGCAGCUUUUCAAGUUACAUUGAAGUACCUAAAGAUUCUAGUGAGCGUUCACAUUCCUGUGACUCUACAUCAACCCCACCCGUUAGUGAAUUGAUUAAAAAUUUCACGAGUUCUAGUUCAGAUAUUUUAUCUGACGAUAAUGAUGAUGAUAUAAAGUCAAAAAAAAAUGGAGUUCCUAGUUUUGUUACUUCAUGCCUAACCUACUUAGAAAAAUACGGACUGCAUAAAGUUGGAGUAUUCCGAAUAAGCAGUUCAAAAAAAAGAUUAAGACAGCUACGAGAAGAUUUCGACCAUGGUAAAACGUUAGAAGAAACAUUAACACAAAGUGAAGAUCAUGUUCAUGAUGUAGCAACUCUAUUGAAAGAAUACUUUAGGGCAUUACCUGAUGCGUUACUUUGUAAUGAUCUUUAUCAAUGCUUUAUUCAAACACAAAAAAUACGUAAUAGACAUUUACAAUUAGAUGCAAUUAAGCACCUCAUACAGUUACUACCUAUUGCAAAUCGGAAUACACUGUAUGCAUUACUAAAAUUUUUAAAUAUAAUGGCAAAAUAUUCUGAAGAUUCAAAAAACUCUUAUGGCCAUACAAUAGAAGGUAAUAAAAUGGAUGCUAGUAAUUUAGCAACGUUAUUCGCACCAAACAUACUUCAUAAGUCUUUAAAAGAAAUUACUACAAAUGAUUUAAGCGAAGAAAUGACUAUGGAAAGAAGAUUAGCAAUCGACGUAGUAACGGCUUUAAUUGUCAAUUGCGACUAUUUAUUUAAGGUACCAGCUGAACUUCUCGAUGAAGUAUAUGUUCAUAUGCUAGAUACAAACCCUGAAGGUCUAGACAAUGUGAUGAAAUUACGAUUUUCGAGCGUCGAGAAAACUAUCCAAAAUGGAUCCAAUCAAGAUUCAAAAGAAACUUUAUUAAACGUACAAGAUAUAAGUGGGAUAAAUAAUGUUGAAGUUGAAUCAUCUAAGCCAUCAGAAACUCAAGAAAAAAAAAUUUGGACAAGAGGUGAAUUUACUCACCAAAAUUCUGGAAUCGGUGGUUCAGAUGAUAAUGAAGAAUACAGAUAUAAACCUAGGGAACGAGAAACUCGAAGAAGUCGAAGUAAAGGUGUAGCUGCAUUUUUCCCAGAUGAUGUUGAAACAUUUACUUAUCCAGUAUUCGAACGAAUGCAAAUGAAUAGGAAAUCUGAAAAAUCCUCAAAUAAUCAAACACAUGCUAACGGAAACCAAGUAAAUGAAUAUGAUGGAGUUAUAACAGCCAGUUUGAUGAUACCAGUACCAAUGAAACAAUCAUCAAACCUUUCACAUCCCUUAAAUGUAGAAGACACUGAUAUACCGUUUAUUGAAGACGAAAGCAGACACACUAAUAGUUCUGCAACAAAUUGUCAUCGUAUGUUAGCCACGGUAUCGUCAGAUAGCAGUACAGUAUCCAGUCCACCGACAUCACCUGAUAAUAUCUCUGGAACAACAAAUUAUUCUCAAGAUUAUUAUCAUAAAAAGAACACUAAAUCAGAUCAUAGAAGUACACAAUCCAACAAAGAUUUGUCAAAAGACGUUGACCCUGAUCAUUACAAAGCAGAUAAAAAAGGAAAGGAAAAAGAUAUAAAAUUUUAUCAGAAAAUCUUAUCCAGUACAGGUCUGGAUAGGUUAUCGAAAAGUGCUAGUUCUACUGGGGUUCCUAAGAAUUCUAUUUACAAAGAUAAAUUAAAACAUGGACACGAAGACGCAACUUUAUCGCCCGAGCCUGUUAAAGUAUGUUCUAGUAUAUCGAAUAUUGGUGGAGCAGUUCUGCGGUCUAAAACCGCUGAUAUUGAACACAUAUUGCGAAAACAGUCAGCUUCAAAGCCGAGAAAAGUGAGCCAAUCAUCAGAAUCUUCGGGAUCGCAAGAAAAGCCCAAACGAAAGACGUCGGCUGAAGCUACGAGACAUCCCCUACGGAUGGAUCCAGAUCCAAACGUAGGUGAAAGACUAGCCGGAAGCUCGUCCUACAGGUCUCCGUCACCAACCAGAAACGUCUGGAGACGAAAAGAUGUAAUAUCGAGCAUGCCAAAAUACAAAAAACCUUACAAUUAAACACCGUAGAGAUUAUAAUAGACUCCCCUACCAUCCGUCUAACAAGUAUAUAAUUUACACUCACAUAUCAAUAUUACGAUUAUUGUUAUAGAUAUAUGAAAAUAAUGUCGUU